UCCUGCGUUGGUCUGACCCAGUAUGUGUGUGAGAGUGUGUUUGAAUGUGUGUGUGUGCUGACAGCUGCUGGCAGAGGUGACAUUCAUCAGUUUUACUCGUUUGGAAUAAAUGAAAAGCUUCAAAAUCCGGAUAUUUACAUGAACCAGCGAUGCCCUGUGUACAAACCCAGUAUGCAUCCCUGCCCCAUGACACCUACUUCAGCUCAGAGUUCUUGAAUCCCGACCUCAGUGCCAAACUGGUGAUGGACAUCAGUGGCCAAAAGGACCAGCUGUCUACAUCUUCGUUGCCCAGCAUCAACACCUUGGUGGGAAAUGGCUAUGUGGGGGAGUUUGAUGCUUAUUCCUGCAAGAUUACAAACUCUCCUCCUGCAUCUACAGUUUCAUUCAGCCACGCCACGGUGGCUGAGAACUCCUGCCCUCAGAUGCAGAGCCAAGCCUUCAAGCUGGAUGAUCUCCAGGUGUAUGGCUGUUACCCAGGCUCCUUUGCACUGAGCUGCCUCGAUGAAACACUGUCGUCAUGUGGCUCUGACUACUAUGGCAGCCCAGUUUACACCUCUGCUUCUCCUCCAACAUCUGGCUAUCAGGCCCAGUCUGCACCUGUCUGGGAUUCCCCUUUCAGCCCCUACCCCUCAGCCCCCCCAUCCUCUGUGGCUGAUAAGGCCGCCAUGGCCCAGCAUCUCUCCUUUUUCACCUUCAGCAGCCCGGCAGCAGAGCAGCACUCUCCCCUGGGGCAGCAUCAGGAUGCUCAGCCGGGCCACGACGACCCUUUCUUCCUGCCUCCUCAGCAGCAUGUCUCUCCACUUAACUGUUCCCCCAUGGCCCUGGAGCACGGAUCAUUGGAAAACACCAUGCUAGUGGAAGGGGCGAUGAUGUCUCCUAAAACCCACAACUCAGGAUCCAGUGAGGGCCGUUGUGCAGUUUGUGGUGACAACGCAUCCUGUCAGCACUAUGGAGUCCGCACCUGUGAGGGCUGCAAAGGUUUCUUCAAGCGAACUGUACAGAAAAAUGCAAAGUAUGUGUGCCUCGCCAAUAAAGACUGUCCUGUGGACAAGAGAAGGAGAAACCGCUGCCAGUUCUGCCGUUUCCAGAAAUGUCUUACAGUGGGAAUGGUCAAAGAAGUUGUUCGCACAGACAGCCUCAAAGGUCGACGGGGACGUCUGCCCUCCAAACCCAAGACUGUGGUCGAGGCUUCAUCCAUAACCCCCAGUGUCAACAUCAUAGCCACUCUUGUCAGGGCUCAUUUAGACUCAAACCCAACCAUUGGAAAGCUCGACUACUCCAAGUACCAGGAGACAGUGGACAACCUGAAAGAAAAGGAGGAUGCCGGUGAUAUUCAGCAGUUUUAUGACCUGCUGACUGGUUCUUUGGAUGUAAUAAGAAACUGGGCUGAAACCAUCCCAGGAUUCGCAGAUUUCUGCACAGAGGACCAGGAGCUGCUCCUUGAAUCAGCCUUUGUUGAGCUCUUCAUUCUGCGGCUCGCAUACAGGUCAAAUCCCGAGAAGAACAAGCUGAUCUUCUGUAACGGUUUGGUCCUCCACCGAUUGCAGUGCGUUCGCAGUUUUGGUGACUGGAUUACGUCCAUCAUGGAUUUCUCCCAGAGCCUUCACCGCAUGAAUUUAGACAUCUCCUUGUUUGCCUGCCUCGCAGCGUUAGUUAUCAUCACCGAUCGCCAUGGCCUCAAAGAGCCCAAGCGGGUCGAGGACUUUCAGAGUCAUCUCAUCACCUGUUUAAGGGAACAUGUGAGCGGAAACGGAUCAGAACCGAGCCGGACCCAACCCAACUAUCUUUCUCGUCUUCUGGGCAAACUCCCUGAACUGAGGACUCUGUGCACACAGGGCCUACAGCGCAUCUUCUACCUGAAACUGGAGGACCUUGUCCCCCCUCCACCGAUAGUGGAGAAAAUCUUUAUGGAUACUCUGCCGUUCUGAACAUGAACACAAAUGAGUUAUUUGUAAAAAAAAUGAUAGACACAAAGCACCUAAUGUGAUGUUUCAUCACUGAAUUUUACUGGUGAAUCUCCUUCUAUCACAGCGACUUGUGUGCCGACAAAUGUCUGGCUUUGUUCAAGAGACCAUUAUUUUUCUAACAUUAAGUUUUAAAAUUGAAUAUGGUACCUGUGUGAGUACCGCAUACAGAUUUCUUCUCGGAAUCACAGACAGAGCUGAAAUGGUAUUAACAGUUCAGGACACAGUUUAUAUAUAUUUUUGUGUGCAUUUGUAAAAUGACUUUAUUGCUGUGCUGGAUGCGUGAAUGUUGUCCUGCUAUGCAGCUAGUAAAACAUGGAUAUUUGGGUAGAUGCAAUGCAUUGUUACAUACUCAGCCUUUCCUAAAAGCAAGAAAACACACUAAACUCUUAAAAGCAAGUUUUUAAAGUAGCUUUUUGAUCCCACUAAGAAGCUGAGAGGAGAUUAUUUUAGUAGAAAAACACAGGCAGAAUAUUACAUUGACUGUUUCUUUAAAGAACUGUGGUGUCCUAUUUUUCAAAAAGGAAAUAUUUACAAAUUUCUUUGUAUCACAAAAGAUAGUUUUAGUCCUAACCGUGCUCCUGUGGAAGGUCUCGGACCAAAGUUUACUCUUAUUUUGAUACUACCACUUACAAACCUUAUUGCCUUAAGCUAAACAAAAUGUUCUGACAUUACUACAUGCUGCCAUUUUGCAACACCUUGUAAAGGCUGAUGCUGGCAGGGUUCCUUUUGAACCACAUGUCCCUUUAACAACAUACUUUGUAUAACCCUUUUAAAACUUCCUGUAUGAAAAUACAAAGUGCCUUUCAUAAAGCCUCACUCCUCAAACCAUAAUAAGUGACACGAAGUGAAUUUCCAUUCCAAAUAUCACAUACAGCGAGCCCUGUGUAUUACAUAUGUGAAAGAAAUCUAUUUCAAUGUCACCAUCGUAAUGAAUUUCGGUCCAUCAGGUCUGCGCCAAUUUUGAUAUGAAGUGCCUGAAGCAUGCGAUUGGUGAAAACAAUUAGAAAAAUAGAGCAUACAAUACUUUCACACUGCUUAACUGGGAGGACAUCAAGGGAUGACAGGUGGUUAAGGACCCACAAGAACUAAAGCCUGUUCACAAGUUCCUGAGGCAGUGAAAUUCAUAACUGCAGCAGAGUUUGAGAUUCAAUUAAGUCAAAGCACAUUUCAGAUUCUCCCUGUAUCCACAAUUACAUGCAUUUUUGAACACAAACAAAAUCCACAUGCAUAAGCAGAUAUUUCAUGUUUGACAUCGACUGGUUUCUUGUCUUUGGCUGCAAAUAUGUCUACACGUGUUCGUAAAGCUCUCCUACUGUCUUCCAUAUUCUUCUGAGUUGUGCAGUUUUUACAUGUUGGAUUUAUUUUUUAUUUUCAUCUCAAAAUGAACUAAAGAAAUAUCUUAUAUUAUAUGAGAAGAUGAGCAGCUAAGAGCACUUCAAACAGUGUUCAAAUAUGAAGAACACUUCUUUCUCCUACUGUACGUGUUUUGUUUGGGAUGUGUGUGGACUUUGAAAAUACUGCCAAGGCUUUCGUAAAAAUGGUGCAGAAGUGUUAAAACACAGAGAAUAUUUGAUAUUAAAUCAUUUUUGAAAAUACA